AUGGAAAAGCCAAGUUUCUGGUCAUACGUCAACAAUCAGCUAUUCUCAUGCUCACAGAAGCAAGCGCUCGACAAGCUUUCUCUUGACCAGACUUUUACUUUGCCAAAGAACAGACCAUACUUGCGUACAUUUCUUGAUGGAGAUUACGCAAGUGGGAUUGUAAGUCGCCCCGAGUCUUGGGAGUUCUUAAAUUUGAAUGGUACGAUAGCAAGCUUGUUUGAACAAUGGAAGAAGGUUGUGAACUUGACCCGGGAUGACGAGGAAUAUCGGGAGAAAGGCAGAAAGCCUAAUGCACCACGGUGCUUUGUAACAGAAGUACAGGUUACCAGGACUUCGAAAAAUGAUUAG